AUGGAGAGCAUUAUCCCCGACGACUCGCCUCUUGCGCAUUAUCUUGAAGGCCAAGGAAGAGGGGAAUCCCGCCCACCCUCACCCUCGCCAGCCGCUUCGACUUUCCCAGACUCGCAAUCGCAGGGCUUCGCACCGCGGGGUCCUUCGACACUGCAAUCGAGAAUCAGAGAUAAACUCCCUCAGCCGCUUCGCAUCCAUGCGCGCCAUGGCUCCAUUGCCCGCAUACACACGGCCUGCUCGAAGGCAGUCAACUCGAGAUUGGGGCGCGCCGACAACGAGCGCUUUCUAGAGCAAUUCCGCUACCUCAUCGUCGCUUCCCAGUUAUUAGGUGAGCAGGGCGGGUUGCGCACAUCGGCCAUUCCUAGCUUUGCGACCGACGAGCGCACCGAUGCGCAUGAAUUUAGAGCCGCCAGGAUAAGCCCCAUUGGCGCUGCACUCACCGGGUCGGCCACCUUCAUACUCGUAUGGCUGGUACACUGGUCGCGACGCCAGGAAGGCUUUAGCAAGGGGAGGACGCUAUUGGUGCUGUUGGUUUUUGCCGCAAUGGCCACUGCCGCCUAUGGCUACAUGCGACGUCAAUGGCUUUAUUAUCUGAGGCAAGAGGCAGUCAAGGGCGCAUCUGCAUUGGUCACGAACCUGCAAGCAUACGACGCCUCUACGUCGGCCGCGCUUGCCUUGAUUCAAGAGGUGGAGCUUGUAUCGCGUGGGUAUCGAUUGAGCAGUCCUCUGCCGCCCAUCUCGCGCCUCGAGGAAAAGGGACACGCUCGCCGAUGCCAACGGCUACGUCGUCAUCUGCGUGCGACCUACGCCGAAAUUAUUCCGGUCCUUUCCCAUCAGUGCGCCAUUCUGAAGCAGUUGGUCCAAGCUGACGAUCUGGAAAAGUACCUCGAUGUCUAUGAGAUCAGCAACCCUGACCUGCAAGAGGCUGCGCUGAGCUACAGCCCAUCCGAGUUUGACGAUGCCGAGACGCUCAAAGCCCUUCGCAUCUUACAGUAUCGCUUGUCCAUCCUCCGACGUGUAUACCUGUGCUCUCUGUUGGCCCUCGAAGCAGAUGGCGGCACGCCUGAUUUCGCACGAUGGUCCACCGUGGUCGAUUCCAUGCUCAACACCGCUCGUCCUGCGGGGCAAUGGAGCGAAAAGUUCAAUCGCGUGCUAGUCGAGGAGGACCAGUUUGUCCUUCCAUCACCGGCCAAGGCAGCGCCCACGCCUGGACGCGACAAGAUCCGAAACUCGGUGCGCAAACUUUCGGGCCUAUCCAGUGGCAUCCGUGGCCUGCAAGCCAAGAUGCAAGUACUUCGAGAGGAGACCACCAAGAGCUUGGAAGACACAGAGGAUGUCACCGAACUGGGCCACUCCCUCUUGAUGCAAUAUGACUCGAUUGGUGCCGACCUCAAGAGCUUGGUCCAGGCAUGGGAAGCAGGCAAGAGCGCACUGGCAUUGAACAUUGAUCGCCAGGAACGCAGAAUUUCCCAGGCCUCUUCAACCGGCCUGCGCUCCCCAGUUCCGAGCUUGGGCGGACUCACCGCUGUAGACGAAGGCAGUCCGUCUGACGCUCUACGUGCUCUUAAUGGCGACCUGCUGAGUCCCCACCAGAGUGCCCCGUCGAGCGAUCAGGGCAGCGCGUCCGAUGACGAAGUGUUUGAGGCUAUUGCGAUACCAAAGACACGUGCCACCAUGUCGAGAGAAGAGCGUAUGCAGAAGAUCCAGGACGACCGCAUUCGACAAGCUACAUUCCGCGAGCAACGCGAUGCGGGCACCAAUAUGCUGAGGGAGUUGGAGUCGGUCAUCAACAUGCGACCCAAGCGCAUGUCGGCCCCUCCCGGUGCACGAAUUACUAGUAUUUGA